CAAGAAGAGCGAAAUAACGACCGGCCGGAAGUUGAAACUUCUCUCCGAGAGGAUUGUCAGCGAACGCAGUGAUGAGCCAUGUCGCGGAAUCUCAAUGCGUUUGCGCUUCGAAGAAAAUAUGUAUCUUAAUGCUAUCUUUAAUGAUUUAUUCACGGAGAUAAAACAGCGCCACGAGUGCCAGCGCGAUUGAGAGGAAUGUAGCGAAUUGAGGUCGAAGCGAAGUGGAAGACGCGAGAAGCGCGAGAUGUAAGAGUGUCGAGAGCUUGAAGAUGAUGAAGAACGACAUGUACAUAUGUUAGAUAAAUGGUGAGAUCCAAGCGCAAGCCAUGUAUAAUCUGAACGUGAAUGUGAAUCCCAGCCCAACUGGGGCCGUGGGUCUUCUCGGUGUCACGGCGGCGGCGGCCGAGGUCACGCCAAGGACACCGGAAAUCGUAAAUUCGCUGAUCGCCAUGACCAAUCCCUUCGAGGGCUACGGCAGCGGCAACGAAAGGGGCACACGAGAUCGCACGGACUCGACCAGCAGUGGCGAACCGAGCCCGCCAAGCGUCCAGCACACCUGUAGUCAGCUUAUCAAGGAAGGGCUGAAACUAACGUUACAGACGAAGAGGCGGGCGAACAGUAGUGGCGACGAUGGUAAGAAGAAAACGAAAAAGGAGGACAGCGGCGCUGACGAUGAGGAAGAGGAUGAGAUGAGCAUUAACAAUACUAAGAGUGGUCUGACGCCGGAGGACGAGGAACGACGCCGGCGACGACGCGAGCGCAACAAGAUUGCAGCGACCAAGUGCCGACUGAAAAAGCGCGAGAAAACGGUGAUCCUUGUACAGGAAUCCGAAAUUCUCGAGACCCAAAACCUGGACCUGAAGUCACAAAUCCAAGAGUUAGAGACUCAGAGGCGCAGGCUGGUCGACAUGCUGAGUCUCCACAGUCCGACCUGUUUGAAGCAGGGCGUGGACGCAACGUCGUACCAGCAGUUCGCCGAGCCCCUUCAUCUGCCUAGUUAUCAGGAAAAUUUUGUGCCACAACCCCCGCCGGCCCUUAAUCAGCCACAGAACUGCGUCACCGAUUACCCGGUGAAGGUCGAGGAGUACGAGACCGAUUUCUACCGACAGGGUAGUCCAUUCGUGCCGACAACAUCGGAUGCCGGUUGCACGGUUUAGCAAAACGGCGAAAAUCGUUCUUAUUCUUCGUUUCGAGGGAGGGAGGAUCGUUGAGAAGCUCGGAACGCGUAUAUAAUUGAAGGUUCUUGAAGUGUUAGAGGCGGUCUCAUUAACGUUAUUUUAAUUUUGUCAAGAUACAGAACUUCAAAAAAUAUCUAAGAAAUACACACACA